AUGGCCGAAAUCAAGGAAGAGAACGACACAGUCGUUAGCAAGCCUGACCCUCCGAAAGAUGAGCAGCCUGCUAGUAACUCAGCUCCCGAAGGAAAGGGCCAGGAAGCUCCAUCGACCCGACCAAGUGAUAAUAGCAGUCCAGCUCCUACACAUGCAGAUACCACCACACCAAAUACAUCAGAUACGGAAUCUGCUGCGUCGAAUGCAUCGGAACCUGCCUCUCCUGUACCUACGGAUGAUGUGGUAAAACCACACAAACCACUUCCAUUUGAACGUCUUACUCCUGAAAGGCGACAGGCUAUACGGGACGAACUCCUUAAACGACAACGAGAAGCUGCUCGGGCUGCUAAUACUACUGCAAGCACUACUACCGUAAACACACCCUCUAGUAGGCCUGUAUCUGCUGGCACCAACGCUUCACAAAUACAAGUGACAUCAUCACCAAACCAAAGUAAUGUAGCUUCAUCGCAGGUCCCGAAUGCAUCUUCAUCUGUAAAUGCUGGAACUGGAGUUGUAAACGAGACAAAGUUAAGGGAAGACAUGGUCCAGUCAGCAAUGAAGUUCUUGACUUCACCAUCUGUAAAGGGUUCUCCAUUGUCUAGGCAAAUGGAGUUCCUGAAGAAAAAGGGUCUUACUAGUGAGGAAAUAUCAGUUGCCAUGAAACGGUCUGGUGUAGAAGGAUCUGCUGAUGUAUCAGGAAUUCCAAACACAACGCUUCGUGUGCAAAGUGCUCCUGCGCCAUCGCAGAGUGCUCCGGUGCAAAACAGUACACCAAUACAACAAUCUAUGCAGCCACAGCAGCACAUACAGCAGCCUCCUGUAGCAUAUCCCAACCAGCCAUAUCCGAUGCAACAACAGCAACCAUAUUACCCACCACAACCCUACUAUCCAGGGCAACCACCGUAUGUGCCAGCUAGACCUCCACAACAAACGGCUACGGAUACUGUAAUAAAUAUGUUCAAGGGUCCGGAAGGUUGGAAGAAUGCAGUGUUGGCCGUGUUGCUUGGAGGAGGAGUGUUCACCGCUGUCCUCGUCGCUGUCAAGAAUUACUUUUCAUCGAGUUUGGCUGCCUUCCAAGUUACAUAUGGAAAAUACCUCGAUCAUAGACAGCAGCAAGUGUACAAUUAUCUGAAACGUGUAACUGGAUUACUCGAGGUCUUUAGUUUGCCUCCUCCAGCAACUCCCGAUACCACUACUACAACAGCAAAAUCAACGACGCCAGCAGAAGAUGGUAAAGAAGAAGUGGCUACAGAGGAAGCACCUAUACCUGCAUCUGCAACUGCAGUAGUUACACGGCCUACUCUUCCGUCUGUAUUGAAAUCAUCUAUAGCUACCCUGGACGAUAGAAUUGUCCAAUUGGCUGCUACCGCUGAAGUCUACAAGUCAAAGCUAGCCUCACAAUAUCAACCUCCAUUGGCUGACUCUACAGUGGGUGAAGAGUCGAUAACACAUUCACCACUCAAACAAUUGAAAAAGCUGGCCAUGGAAACCAACCAGCUAGUGACUCAGGAAACAUAUAUAAACACUUCAUAUUCAUAUUACUCAACGUAUGGUGCCGGUACGCCGGAUGCUAGUACUGCCCAAGGAGCACUGGUAGCCAAAAUCAAUGAUGUGAAGGCAGAUAUUCGAUCUUUGAAAGGAAUGCUGUUGAACAGAAGGAAUUUUCCGAUGCCGUCAUCUGCUGUCAGGCCUACGUAUACUACAACUCCCAUUGUAAACUCCACAGUCUCCAUCAACACUGGAGCAUCUGCCGCAGUAGCACCAGUAGCUAAUGGUCAAGUUAAUGGAACUACAGAAUACUCUGGUUACAUGGGAAUGAAUGGUAUCAACGGUUCAUCAUCACUUCCUGGUGAAGAAGUCACCGGUGCAUGA